UUGUCAAUGUCAACUGAACUGAAUCGUUGUUUAUUUUUUUCUUGGAUCCAAACAAUGACGAAAUCUUCUAAAAAUACAUAGUUUUAUAAAUUCUGAUCUAUCCAUUCUACCAAAACAUAAACGAUGGAGACCAGAAGUGAAAAUGGUGCUGAAAAUCAAACUGAAAUCACGAUCAACAGAAGAAUUAAAAUACUACAUUUUAGUGAUGGUGUAGAAGAGGUGAUGGAAGAAGUGAAAACAGGCGAUUUGCAAAGUGCACCCGGUUCUAAACCUGAAGACAAUGUUGACCCCGCAACCUUAUCCUGGGGGCCUUGGUUUUCCCACUAUGCCUGGAAAUCUGGCACAAAAGUUCUUGGUGCCAUAGACACCGCUGGUGAGAGCUUGGCAGGGUUCUUUGGAAUCACAUCACCUAAAUACCAGAUUGAAGUGGAUGAAUAUGAGAGAGUGAAAGAGGAAAAAAAGAAGUUAGAUGAUGAAUCGUCAGGAUGGGUCCCGAAGAACGGUGGCGGAGAUAUACCACUGGUUCUGGAGGAGCCUGGAAAAGAUAUUGAAAAGGCUGUUGUUUAAUAUUUCAUGACAGUGAUGAUAGUAGUGCUUGCUUAUGCUGUUUUUAUUUAUAAAUUAUUUAAGAUACACCAGCAGCAUAAUAUGUUAUUAUCACCGUCAUAAAGAUGAAGAAAAAUAUCCCAAAACUAAAUCUAAUAUUGUAAGCCAAUAAUGUUGCCUAAUCAUUGACCAUGUUGACCACAUACUGCACUGCAGAUAAAAAAAACUCUUUGAUACUGGAAAUGCACACGCACAUUUGUUGACUGUUUUAAAAAGAGUAUUAAAUACAUGUAUAUGUAAUUUUAAUAAUAAUAUGUAACUAUAUUGAAAAUUAAGAUUUCAUAUGUUUCAGUUUUACAACUGAAGCUUAUGUAUUGUAAAAUACUAAUAAUUUACAUUCGAGUAGGUUUGUGAUGUGAUAAUGAUACUGAUUAAUAUUAUACACAUACCUACUAACUUA